AUGUCCAUGAAGCAUUUUAACUCAUCUAUCAGUGAUGUUCGUGCUCAUGUUAGUGAUAAACAAAUAUCAUUUACAGCGCUUACCGAGAUCCUUGCCUCAAAUGCCCUGACAGCAACCAAACAGUUGUGCUCGAUGAUUUCUGCCGGAAAUGCUCGUCUUUUUGCUGUGGUCGUCUCGAAUCCUCCAAAUUCUCCAUCGGUUCCUCCACUUUCUAUUUCCUAUAUUGCUGCACUUUAUGGGCUACCAGUUAUUUGCGUAAGUGCACGACAAGCAGCAUUCAGCAACAAGUAUGCGCAUGCAAGUUUCCUGAGAACAGUUCCACCCUACGUCCAGGAGGCAGCAAUCUGGGCACAACUCAUCGAUACCUUUGAAUGGCAUGAAGUGAUCAUCAUUCAUUCGGACAAUAGUCAUGACUCCAAGGCGCUCAUUGCCAGUCUAGAGGCUGCACGACAGACAGUGGACUUCAAGAUCGCUCAAACUAUCGGUGUCAAUACAGAUGAGGAAGAUGUAGUAAACCUAAAAGAACUUCAGAACAAAUUAGACUCCAUCCGAAAGGGCCAGACACGAGUGAUCCUCCUAUUUGUCACCCGUCGAUAUGCUGAACAUGUCUUUACUGUUGCUGAUCAUUUGGGAAUUAUUGGCAAGGAAUGGGCUUGGAUUAUAUCUGAACAGUGCUUAGGAGCGAAGAAUCUUCCGUUAGGCGUAUUGAGCGUACGACUAGCACAGUCUGAUGAAUUAUUACACGUCGAGGAUGCUGCUCGAGUAGUAACGGAGGGGAUAAUUAAAUUUACUCGCCGAGAACCAAAUGCCAUGUUCGGAUUACAAUCGGUCCAUCAUUGCAGACAAGAGCUUGAGUCGCCCCGCAAUCUUUCACAAUCAUGGCUACGCUAUAAUACUAAGCUCUACCAGGCUAUGACGGAAGUGAUUUUUGAAGAUGGAGAGACAGGUCAUGUUGAGUUUGAUUCUCAUGGAGAUCGAGUGGGUGCUCUCUACGAUAUCGUUAAUGUUCAACCUCAUGGUAAUUGUGGUACUCCUAAAUCUUGCAAACCAGUAAUCAACUCAGUCGGCAAAUAUGUCCAGGCAAAGAGAGGUCCUACAAAGUCUCAAUUCUCAAUUGAAACAGAGCGCAUCUACUGGCCAGGCAACUAUCGCGUUUUGAAACCAUCCGAUAUCUGUACGAAAAGGAAUCCUCGGACGAACGAAUGCAUCGAACGAGCAAUGCGUCCUCGUCCACCACCCAGUUCCAAGAAGAAGACCCACCUGAAGGUUGUGACUAUUCAAAGUACUCCCUUCGUGGAUUAUGUGCCGAAACCCCCCGGAGGCCAGUGCAAUACAAGCAAUCGGGUGGAGGAUCUCAAGUUCCAAGUUCCUUGCACUCACACCAAUGCUUCCACUGGUGCGUCGGCAUGCUACCUCCCUGUGUUACCCUUUCCAUGGUUGCUCUUUCAAUUCAUCCUCUCCUAUCUUAUCCGUUGUUCUUGUCCGCUCUGCAUGCAUUUGGGAUAA